GAUUUCCACCGAAUCGAGGGCGAUGAAAAACAGUUUCGCUGUUAUUAUUGUUUCUUUAUUUUUAAAAGCAUUUUCGUAUCACUCCUGUAUCUGCUUCCGUCGAUUUCCGCCACGAACCGAUGUUAAAAAACAAAAAUCGGGUCGAGGUCGGAGACUCGGCGUCAGAUCGUUUUCUGAUCGAAUUCAUGAUGCAACGACGGGACACGAGCGUCCUUGUACGGUAGCUCAUAAAACGUUCGCGGACGGUCCCGACGGUUUGAUAAGCGUGUAGCAUGUCUAAGGGAAGCUUCGCAGUUUUUUUCCUCUGCCUCGUGAACGCGAUCGCUGGAUCGUCACGAUUUCAGGAUUGGGACUAUUUCGGAAGACAGCUGAGGCAUGCUUCCUGUCCCUCGUGCCGCAGAGAACGGCCCGACGCCUUGGUGUCCUGGGAUUCGCAGCCCAGGAGAGAGUACGAGUUCGAGGCAGAGCCCAGUCCCUGGCAAGGCAGCCACCAAUCCUACAGAUCGGGACCGUACGGUAAUCCGUACAGCAGCCAGUACAAUGCAUACGACAGAGCCAUUAGAAGCAGAGGAGCCUUUGGCGUCGGCAGAGGAGCCGGAGGUGCCGGCAGACGCGAGAAUCCCUUCACAAUUGGGAGAGACCUCGAUUUUGACGUGGCUCCUGCACAGACCUCCGUUGUUCGCGGCCUAGUCGCUCCUCCAGCGUCUCCUUAUCAACCUAAUUUCCCGUACUCGAGAAUCUCGAGGAGGACUCAAUACAGGAAACCUAGUUUCUAUGACGACCAAACGACCAAGCCCCUAAUGCCUGCUAAUAGGUUCGCCGAUUUCGGGCUGAUCGAUAACGAGCCCGGCUUCGUAGACGUUAGGAGGUCUCGUGGAUCGUAUGGAAACCCCAGAGCGGUCUUCGGAACGGACAAGUACUUGGCCGACUCGUUUGAAGAGGGGAACCCUAUGAUGGAGCCCGAACAGAAUCUCAGGCAAGCUUUUCCCUAUGGAACCGGUGCAACAGGUGCAAGAAUGCAGGAAGCGGGACAGUUCCCGCAGCGCAGGGAUCAACCGGGGGAGCCCAGAGUGAUUUACAGGCCGGAAGUCAAACGUAAGACCUACAACCGGUCUCCGGAUUUAAACCCGUUCAAAGUGACGCAGUACGUGGCUAGGCAGGCGCCGGAGAUCGUUAACGAUAACAGGUGGCAGAGUCAAUUGGAAGACAGGAAAAAGGAACCUGAAAUCGUCUUGAAGAACGAAGAGAACCAGGAGACUGAAGUGGCAGAGGAAAUAAAUGUCAGCGAAUCGGACGACGGAGAACGAGUCGAAGAAGUGAAAGAGAAGAGGCACGUGAGGGAUGAGGACGAUAGAUCCGGUGUGACAUUAAAACCAACCACUGAACGGUCACCUGUGAUCAUGACUAUUCCGCCUUUAGUCAUGCCAUGAAUUUAGAGAAUUGUUAUUAUUAAUU